UUAUCAUCAGACACUGCAGGGAUAAUGGACCGAAUUCUUCCUUGGUGAGACUUCGAAAUACAGCCCUCUUUAGUUCUGGAAAGGAAAGAUCAGCAGAUCUUGAAGAGCAUGUCUGUUGGUGUAAUUAUAGGUAGUCCAAAAUUCCGCCCUCUGGUGUUGGUUGAUUUUAGGUACCCUGCAGUUUGAGCAGUGGCAAGCAUGCCUUUUUUAAGAUUCGUGGGCCAGAACUGGAGGUAUCCGGUCAACAGUCAUGAGCCAUCUUGAACCCAGCAAAAGAAAUCACGGAGUAGUAACACCUCAGAAGCCAAAGCAUCCAGCUUCAACUUGAACCUGGGCAAGAGCAGCCUCAAAUAAUCCUCGUCCCCAAAUAUUCAGUAUUCUCUACCAGCCAUGGAGGGGUCGAAAUCUCAGCCCUGCAAGAAAUGCAAGAAUGAAGAUGCGCCUUUCAACUUUCGCAAUGCGCCAACAUGUCGUGACUGCUACAUGCUAUACAUAGAACAGAAGACUGCCAAAGGUCUAAGAGCACUUCACACAGACAUCCGCACGUCAACGCUUCCAGAACCACGGCGCUAUGUCGCUGGACUCUCCUUUGGUGCAUCAUCCAGCGCGAUGGUAUGCGCACUAGACAAGCACACGCAUCGGGAGAUGAGCAAGAAGUCGUCGUCAUUAUUCGAGGUGCUGGCGGUUCACGUCGAUACCGACCUCUCCGACCAGGACGGUCAGACACCAGCGAUGGACAUGCUCGACCGCUACAGAGAGAAAUUUCCAAACGUCAAAUUCCAGUGUGUCCACCUGGGCGAGGUCCUCAGUUUGAAGACGGUGGAUUGGUCGACCUUGCCAGGGUUGGGCGCACAAGGGACACCGUCAGCACGCCUACAGAAGAUGUUCUACACUCUGCCCUCCAUGACCGCCAAAGCCGACAUACUUCGCCUGCUGACCCGUCACCUGCUUAUCCAUGUGGCCAUGGCGCAAGAGUACGGGGCUUUGCUGCUGGGAUACACUACCACCGCGCUCGCGAGUCUGACUAUGGCAGAGGUCGCCAACGGCAGAGGGUUCAGCGUGCCAUGGCAGGUCCAAGAUGGUCGCUCUCAAGUGUGCACCUACGAGGAUGGAAAGGCCGUGUCGAAAACCGAGUUCCCCGUCUACCACCCCAUGAGAGAGACUUUCAGAAACGAAGUCAAAAUCUACAACUCGCUGAUACCGGCGCUUGCGGAGAUAGUGUCUAACACUGAUAUAUCACCCGGCGUGGUCUCGCACAAGGACACGAGCAUAGACGAGGUCAUGACACGGUACUUUGAUGGCGUCGAGGAGUCGCUCUCUGGCAUCGUGGCGAACGUGGUGCGGACCACGGGCAAGUUGGCCAAAUUACGGGGAGACGCGCAAUGUGGCCUGUGUGGCGUGACGAUGGACGAGCAAGGGGAUUCCCGAUGGGCCGGCGAGUUGGGGGAGGAGGAAGACAAUCAGCAAACAACGCGGUUAUGCUAUGGCUGUAAGAGAUCCAUCAACGG